GGCGGCAGCCGCCGAGGCCGGGCGUCCCGGGCCCGGGCUGAAGGGAGGCCCGGGCCUACGGGCGGGCGCCGCACCGCGCAUGUGCAGGGGGCGGCGGCGCUCCGGUUCCGGCCGGUGGCGGCGACGACGGCGGCGGGAAGGGAGCGGCCGAGGCGGCGCGCGGUGAUGGCGUCAUCACGCCGCGCCACGGCCGCCGGAAGCGGGAGGGCGCCGCGUUGCCCGGGCAACGUGGGUGGGGACUGGGGUGGCGUCGGGGACGGGGCGGCACCGCCGCGCCUCCGGGAGGGCGAGACGGUCUCGCUGCCUCUGUCGGUACGGAGCUGCCGGCCCCGCUACGCCGUCGGUAGGGCGGGCAGCGUCUCGCGGCCGCGUGGAGCCGCUCGGAGGCGGCGGGCCCGCAUCGCUGAGCGAGGCGAAGUGAAAAAAGCCGCUUCUCGAGGUGAAUUCGGCCUUCAGCGCGCACCGUGCGGUGCUUCGCAGGGCAGCCGGGCCCAGCGCCACUCACCCGUAUCACGGCUCACGCGGCCCUGCGCUGGGCUGAGUCCACGAGGGAGUCAGAGAUGGGAACUGCAGCCCAAGCGACAGCAUUAUGAAGGUACUUUGGUCUUACCGGCUUGGAGAAAGAUGGGGAUGCUGCUGAAUGCAUGUACUGCAAAGAGGGGGCUCCGGCAUCCUGCAGGAAUCCCUCCAGGCAGACAAAGCCCUCCACAGCCUCCAGUAGCACCCAGACAGCACAACCCCAGCAUGUGUGCACAGGGGAUGACACCACAACAUGGGUGCCAAGACCACCCCUUUUCCUUGCUUAGGUCAGGAUGACAAAAAAGCAAGGCAGCAGUACUCAGUUUCCAGCCUGAAAUACGCUGACCUGCUCAAAUGAAUACAUGCCUUCAUAAAAAACGCUCAGUCCUUGGGCAGGCAUGAAGUGAAGCUCUGACAUUCAGAGAGGUGAGGUCCUGAGCAGACGUCUGUGCUUCAGCCCAAAGAGAACCCGCCCCCAGCACUCCAGCGGGGCUCUGGGCUGUAUUUCUUCCCUGUGCUAAUUUUACUAAAGACACAACUCAUAUUCCUGUUGAUUGAACAGUUUUGUGUUGACAGCAUUGAAGAUUUGUGAUGAAACUUAUCAUCGGCGCCGAGUGCGGGCCAUUAGUACCAGUCACAGCAGCUAGCUGCUGCUGAUAUAUUUUAUGGCACGCUUCAAAGACAAACAUACACAUUUAUAUGUCACUUGUUGCAAUAUAAAUGCUAACUUGUACUUCUUUCAAAACUUUUAAUGAAUUGUAUACAUUUCGUGAGAUUUAUGGCGUGAACCGAACUGCUCAAAACAUUACUUUAAACAUAUUUGUCACUUUGGCAACAGAACAAAAAAAAUCUGGGAGAUAUUGCAUUUAGAAAUAAAUCAUAAAUAUAUGCAUCCUAAAGGAGUUUAUUUUGGUCAUUAAUAGUUGAUGCUCCCCCCCCAGCUCAGGAUUUAAAGUUAAAUUAUGCAAAAUCAAAAACAAACCUUAUAAUACUUAAUCAAACAUGCAUAAAACUGUCAGGACCAAAUAAAUUCUCUCAAUUAACUUGCUUCGGAUUGUGAUUGCAUUUACUAAUUUAAUCAACACUAGAAUAAUUUGGAGAGCGGGUAAUGAUAAAUUACCACGGUGCUGCACAUGAAGAGCCGCCAAUGCAGUGUGUGCUGAGACGAGAAUGCAAGAAGUGCUUGCUGGGCUGGGGGUGAGGUGUGGUAGCAGCUGAGCUGUCACAACCCUUUUGCAAUGGAAAUGUCUUAUUCCCAUUUUUUGGGGGGUGGAUUUUUUUCCUCUGGUAAAAAGCUAAAACACAUCUCAUGGAUGGCUCUGUUCUGAACAGAUGAGCGCUCACCCAUGGGGUCACUCUCCUUGCAAUCUGGAGAGUUUAGAAGUGAAGCAUUUCAAUGCAGGCAUUUGCUCCACCUCUUUUGCUCAGUUUGUGAGUGAGACCUUUAGCUCUGCACACAGGGCCAGGAGCUGCAGCUUCCCAUCCCUCUCCCCAGCUCCAAUGCACUCCUGGAGCUGGAGUAGCACCUGGUCACGCUGAGAUGUCCUUUAGCUCUGUCCUUUUGCACUUAGAAUUGAGCUGCUCUUACAAUAAAAUGGAUCUGACCCCUGUCUAGGAAAAGCUUUCAAUACUAUUACUUGUGGAGGGCUAAACAUCUGAUUCUUGCAAGCAUAAGCAAGGUUUCAUGGAGAGGUUUUCUUUUACAGGUUCAUGUGAAGGAGGCUGUGAGGUAUUCAACCCUGUGAAGUACCUGAUCUCCAAAAAUCAGACCCUUAUUUGCUCCAUAACCUUUCUAUAUCUAUUUUACAAAAGAUAACAAUGUCCCUACAGCGACUGUGGGAAUAAACUCAUUGCAGCGCUCUUUCUCUCCCUCUUCCCCCACCCCUUCUCUGCAGAACAUCACAGAGGACAGCUUAUCACUUUUGUCACCUUUUAUUUGAAGCAGAGGUUGUGCUGUAUAAAUGUGUAGCCCUUAUACCAUUUGGUAGCAGCAGAAAUAAGUGGAUACUAAACUGUGUGUGCUGAAAAUAUCUCCGGUAUACAGCUCACUAUUUUCCUUCAGCAACCCAGAAACCACUGCUUGCACUGUCACUCCAUAGCCUUAGGAAGGUCUUACAGCCAUAAUUCCAGGUCUUAAAGACAGUAACAUGUCGAUAUGAGAUUUUGCAAGCUAGCAUUCAUUGCUGGUUACCUCUCAUACCCAAAACCACCAUUCCAAACCAGCAGCACCACUACAAGCUCCUGUGGGUUUUGCUGAAGCACUCUGUAAAGCUGAGAUGUAACAAAUUGGGGAAUUAAUUCUUUCCUUUUCCUUAAAGGAGAUUUAGGGUCAACUCUCAACCUUAAAUUUUAAAUGUAAUCGACCUACCCAACAAAUCUCCACUGCUAAAGCUUGUGAAAUAAUUUUUCCUUAUUACUCCUUUCCAGAUCUCAUCCCUUAGCUUAAAUGUCAGCUUUAAUCAGUCUGAAGAGAUUUGCAUGUGGUAAAUAAUAAUGCGAUAGAUUAGACUAAUCAAAUAAAAUUCCACGUAGCAGAAAGCAGAACUAAUUCCCACUCCUGCUGCGGUGCUGUAUCAGCUCCGGGGCCCUGCAGCUCUCCCUGCAGGUCAGUGGGGCUGUGGGGUGCCCUCCUCGGCUCGUGGGGCUCUUUGAGGUCCAGCAGUGCUGUGAGCAGAGGGAUGGAUCGCUGCCCCACACCUCGGGAGCUGAAGCAGUGGUUGGUUGAGAUGCUGGAGUUACAACAGGAGCCAGCUGCUCGCACAUGGAGGGGGAGAAGCUGUCUCUAAAACAAAUGAAAAUAGAGCUGGCUGCUUUGCUGCGGACAGGACUCCUGCCAGCGCUUGGUGCUGCAUCACGCUGGCUAGCUCUGAGCCGGCUGAGGUCAGAACAGCCCAACACGUUGGGAGCAGCGUCUGUACUGCCUCCUGGUCACUUCUGGGAAAGGGCGGCCACGUGGGACAGUGGAGAGAGACACAGAGAGCAGGACAGACCUCCGCUUGCCCAACGUGUUUCCUCGAGCUCCCCCCACACCCCAGCCCUCUGCUGGGAACCGGUGGGGCCAUCCACUCUGCACAUCGCCUCGGUGCCAAACUCAGCGACAGUGUUCAUUUUGCUGAGAUCCACGAAGAGCAGCUUUGCCACCAUUUCUUCUGCACCGUUACAGAGCGUCAGUCAGCGCCCAAAGCCACCACGGCGUCGCCCUCAGCGCCGAGGGGUUCGCUAUGUCAAAGUCCUCCUUCGCUUUGGGAUGCGUGGAAGGCAUCAGUGCGAUUUGUCCUUCUUUCCUCUUUCCCUUACUGCAUUUCUCAGACCAGCGGGUUACUCCUCCGGCUCGCAGCGCACCCCGCAUCCCCGCCGUCCCCGGGGUCGGCACUGCGCGUACGGUCGCGUCCCGCCAGGCGGAGCUGCUGCCCCGGCGAUGCGGCGGCUCCGAGCGCCGCUCCCCCCCACCCCGACCUUCGGGGCCGGGACCAACUUCGUGUCCGCUGAGGAUUCGGCCCCGUCCGUCGCAGGGCAAUGUGUGCUCUGCGCGGAGCAGCGCCCUGCCGGUGGGUGGGGAGAAGCGCGUGGGGCUUUGUGCCUCGUGGCAGUCUGCUGGACGGCGCUUCUGCUCGGGCUGUGGACUGUGAAGGAGAAAAGGGCUCUCCAGAAUCGUUACACAGCAUCGGCCUUGCGAAUAAACACGGAUUGAGAGAAGGGUAAUAAAGGAUUUAUCAGAUCGUCUUCAAACAAACCCACGUUUAAAAGCAGUGUCUUUUCAAACGCAAAAACCACUGCAGUGGUCUAAAGCAGAUUUCUCUGUAGAUCGGAGCACCGCCUCUCUCCUUAUAUUUACCCCCAGACUGGGGAGACGAGGAUCUCCACGACAAGUCGCACCUACCUCCAAAGGCAAAAUCAUUUUAUCACUGUGGAGAGCACAGAAAUAAGAGCUGUAAGCGUUGCUUCCAGAAAUGCAACACCAUCACCCUCUCCAUGGACGCAGUUGUCCAUUUUUCAGCCUGGCUUUUUUAACGUCCGAGCGUUGGUUCCAGCAAGCCAGGUGACCCCACCAGCAUUCCCACCCUGGAGGCAGCACUCUGCCCAAGGGCUGCUGCCAGCUCCGCAGGGCCGGGAGGGGACCCACGAUUCACCUCCGUUCCACCCCAGCUUCCUCAGCUUCACAGUGCAAUGUUUUGCCGACAGAACGUGGAGACAAAAACCCAAAGCCCUCAUCAAUCACAGCUCGGCUCCGGGUACAAUUAGCAACUUCUAUUAUCUUAAGAAUGACACUUGUAGCACAGAGCAGAGCGCGGUGCACCUCGUAUUAUAAUACAGCCUGCAAAAAAGGGAAGGUUUGAAUUGCAUUAACAUUGCAUUAGAUU